AUGUCAGCUUGGACGUGCAUGUUUCGUUUAACAUCCACGCAUAUUCGCGAACCUCUAGACGACUCUUUUAUGCUGAGCCUUCGAGGAAGACUAAAGCACAACUUCCACAUCCAUUGUAGUCCCAUCAUCAAAUGGCGAAUGGUGCGGUGUUCACCCGCUUCGAAAUUACAAUGGUGCAUGUAUCUAAGCGAAAGCGGAAUUUAUGCUAUUUCAGAAAGAGGACAUCAGAAAUCGAUAUACAAUAACAAUGUGAAUUCUGGUCUACCAAAUUCGUGGGCAAACGAGUCCCUUCCUUUGGAUCAAUUUGAGUACGCCUACACGAUAAUAGUUUUGCCUAACUCAAGGUUCAGUCAGGGCCAGUUGAUCAAUAUACUUGCGGUGCUUGAUGGAAAAGAAUGA